AUGUGGUUCAAUAGCGCGAUUUUCAGGAGAAAUGAACUCAAAGUGAUUAAUUUACGACUUCAUGUGGCGCCUGUAGACACAAUUAGAGGCAAUGGCGAUCCAAAUAGAGACGAUUCAUUAAGUCCCAAACCUAUGACGCCACGAAGAGUUAAAAGAAGAUCUGUAAGAGGUACAAGCACACGUCAAAGCAGAAGAUCUGACAGAGCUGGUUCAUCUGGCACACAUCGAAGCAGCACGAGAAAUUCAAGAAGAAAAGUUCAUCAGAAUCCCGUCACAAAAUUAAUGGACCAACAAAAUUCUUUUCCAUCAUUCAAACACAAUAACAACCCGACAUUAACUGAAAAUAAUUUGAAGUCUUUAAACAACGAUUACGUUGUGAAUAGUCAAUACCAUCAUCAGGUUCCUAAACGAGAAAUUGCCAAUCUUAUUCCAUCAAAGUCACAGCCAUCUUUAAACAGUUUCCAGAAACAAACGAACAAUGCCGCUUCGACAUCGUCAGCUGCUAUUAAUCGACAUACACCAACCGAUCCAAUUUAUUACAAUAUGAACUCGAGUUCACCUUUAAUUGUACAACAAACAUCAUGGAAUGCUACAUCGACUCCAUCGCCACAAGCUUAUAGUAAUCACUAUCACCAUCAUCAUCCAAACGAUGCCGUUGCUACAUUGGGCCACACAAAUCCAACUUAUCAACAUUCAAAUCCCAAUCUUGCUGAUGGCCCUGAAAUGAAUGAAUAUUAUCAAACAGCAAGACCGCCUUCGGUUAGGUCAAGUUAUUCGAAUUUCCAUGGUACUCGCCCUUUAAGUUAUAAUCAAAACCCUACAGGAAGUAAUAAUAUUCACAAUAAUACUCAAGAGAAUUUAUUUGCGAGUUUGACUCAACAGCAGCAACAACAACAACCACCUCAACCUACAAGAAAGCCACAACAACAUCAACAAUAUUAUCAACAACCUACUCAACAACAGCAAAUAAUUCCCAAUGCAGCUGCAAUAAUGAAAAGAGCGGCUGGGUCAAGAGAAAGUUUAAGAUUCUUAAGUGGAGCUCCACCAGCUUACAAUCAUUAUAAUCAUCAUACGCCGCCAGACUCUGAGACGACUAUGUAG